UCAGUUACAGCGCAGGUUUCGAAUUUAUUCUGCUAGUACUAGGCAUGAUGGGCUUUGACAGGAUCCAAGCACGUCUACUGGCGUGCUUGUUUGUAGCAAUCGCACGUAGCGAGACCGAGUUUCCUGGGCCAAGCAGCAUAGUAUUUCCUGAAGUGUACGAGCAAAGAACUGACGCUUCGGAAAAAGUUCUGGUUGUCGGUGACGGCUACUCCCUUAAUCUAGUCAAAGCUUCGGUGCUCUCCGACUAUGUUCUUCUCCGCGUUCAUAGUGGGUCUCGUAUCAUCAACAGAUAUGUUGAUGGACACUUUUACGAAAGACAUCUGUAUCAGGACACCCGCAAAGAAGCCUCGCUGAUUGUAAAACCACGGAGCGAUGGUCACUAUCACGUAACGGGUCUUCUAAAUUACACGCAUCGAAUAGAGCCUCUCACGAGCCAGGAAAGGUCUUCAUCCGAUAGGGCAGCUCACAAGAUAUCGAAAAUCAUCUUUAAGGACGGUACACCAGACGCCGAUUCCUUCCUCGGCGAUAUUGCUUACUUCAAUGUGGAGUGA